AAUUGUUUUGGUAGUGGUAAUUAUAUACUACAUCCAAGGUUUAGACUGUAUGGGUUCAAUUGAAAAAGUGAAAGAAAUCGCAAAAACUAUGUACCAAAAGAAAUUCGGAAAAGGCACAACAAUUAAUUAUUGGGGUUAUCAACAAAGUGAAUAUCCAGGAACAUCCACAAAAUAUAAAAACGAAAAUCACAAUAAAUGGAAUGACUAUUAUAAAUGUCUUCACAUUCAGGAAUCUGAACUCCAAAUGAGUGCAACCCCAAAAGCUCUUGUAGGCUUUACAGGAAAACUGGUAACUCUAGAGUGCAAAAUAUGUUUAAGUCCACUGCAAACUCGACAAAUUGAUUCAAUAAUUUGGGAAUGGGCAGCAGUUAAUGAACAAAAUUUCCAACCUCUGGAAUUUACUGAAUAUAUUAUAUUAAAUCCAGAGGACAAAAGCCUACACAUUUAUAACCUCAAGGAAGAAAAUACUGGGCAAUACAUUUGCCGUUUGGGAAAAUCAUCCACGGCUCCAUAUUUUCUCACUGUAAUAGAGACUUCAGAUGAAAAUAUGUUUGAGGUUCAUCUUCCGAGAGCUCCCUUAGGACCGUACCCAAGGGAACCACAAAACAUUCCAAAAUACAAUUUAGUAUUGGAUACUGUGUGGGGAGAAUGGUCAACAUGCAGUAAGUGCGGAAAAAUUGGUAAAAUGUAUAAGUUGGGUUAUUGUACUAUAAUUUAUACGAAGGGUAGUAAUGCAUCCAACGAAGAUAUCAAAAUAUUUCAGACUUUUAAAUUUGGUAUACCAUGCGACUCUCAUAUAGUGGGUUUGGGUUUGAAGAAUAUUAUUAAAAGUGUAAAUAGAAAAAACGAAAUAAUGAUUGCCUUCUGCAAAACUAAAUGUCCAGAAGCCAAAGUGUUUCAAGUUAAGAACAAACGUGGUGAAGUUAUUGAAACAGCUAACAAUUCCGAAGGAAUAUACUCACUGGCUCAAGGCCUUCCCCCCAUAGAACCUCCUAUAGAACGUCGUUUACAAUACGGAAUUAAAGGCAAAAAUGUGAUACUGGAAUGCCCAGGAAAUAUACAUGGUGAGGCUUCCAUCCUAUGGCAAAUUGGGGAUAAAAAGCUUAUACCCGAAAAAUUAUCUGAAGAAUCAGGUGGAAGGAUCUAUAUAAGUGUAACAGAUAAAGUUCAUAUCAGCAGGGCAAAAAUUGCAGACUCUAAUAUAUACAGCUGCUGGCAGCUAAAUGAAUUGAGAGGUGCAAUAAGACUGGUUAUUGAGAAAAAAAUCCAAUUAAACUUCAAACAUACUGUCAUGCUAUUAGGAAUUAUACUUAUCCUUGGAACCCUUCUUAAAGUGUUUAUAAGGAUGAUUGCUACAAUCCCACAUACCAGAAACUUGUAA